GGGCCGGAGGGGUGUGGGCCGGAGGGCCGGGGCGUUCCGCCGGCCAGUCGCGGGUUGUCAGAACCGUCGCCUCCGGCGUGUGGAGCGGCUGCGUUGCUCGGUCCUGGCCGUCUGGGGCCCGCGUAAGGAUGAGAGGGCAGAGGACGCGGGGCCGCUGGAGGUGCAGGUAACGAAGCCGGGGUGCCGUGGGGCAGCGGCUGGGCUUCUUCCGGGACCCGCGGUGCUGAAUGGAGAGGACCAGGGCGAAGCCGAGCCGCGGCUCCUAGCAGUGGGGCCGCUGCCAGAGCUGCAGCUGCCAGGCGAGGAUGUGUGGAGCUCGGGCGGCGUGGGGCAGCUGAGAGGCUUCGGGCCCCAGGACUCUCGGGUCCAGGAUGAGUUAGCGAGGGCAGCCGUGGGGGGCAGUUUCGAGCGCUGCAGGCCAAGGCGACGGCCUCCGCCCGCCCGCCCCUUCCGAGCAGAAGCCGUUAUCGCUUUUCCGCGCCCGCCGGUCAGCGCUCCCGGCCCUGGAGACCAUGAGGUUCCGCAUCUACAAACGGAAGGUGCUAAUCCUGACGCUCGUGGUGGCAGCCUGCGGCUUCGUCCUCUGGAGCAGUAAUGGGCGACAAAGGAAGAAUGAGGCCCUCGCCCCUCCGUUGCUGGACGCUGAGCCCGUGCGGGGUGUGGGGGGCCGGGGCGGGGACCACCCCUCUGUGUCUGUGGGCAUCCGCAGGGGCGCCAACGAGUCGGCGGCUCCGCUGGUCCCAGCCGCCCCCCAACCGGAGGCAAACAACCUGACGCUGCGGUACCGGUCCCUGGUGUACCAGCUGAACUUUGAUCAGACGCUGAGGAAUGUGGACAAGCCCGGCACCUGGACUCCCCGGGAGCUGGUGCUGGUGGUUCAGGUGCAUAACCGGCCCGAAUACCUCAGACUGCUCCUGGACUCACUUCGCAAAGCCCAGGGCAUUGACAACGUCCUCGUCGUCUUUAGUCAUGACUUCUGGUCGACAGAGAUCAAUCACCUGAUCGCUGGGGUGGAUUUCUGUCCGGUUCUGCAAGUGUUCUUUCCGUUCAGUACUCAGUUGUACCCCAACGAAUUUCCGGGCAGUGACCCCAGAGAUUGCCCCAGAGACCUGCAAAAGAAUGCAGCUCUUAAAUUGGGGUGCAUUAAUGCUGAGUAUCCCGAUUCCUUCGGCCAUUAUAGAGAGGCUAAGUUCUCCCAAACCAAACAUCAUUGGUGGUGGAAGCUGCAUUUUGUAUGGGAGAGAGUCAAAAUUCUUCAGGAUUAUUCUGGCCUUAUACUUUUCUUGGAAGAGGAUCACUACUUGGCCCCAGACUUUUACCAUGUCUUCAAAAAGAUGUGGAAAUUGAAGCAGCAAAAGUGUCCUGAGUGCGAUGUCCUCUCCCUGGGGACCUAUACCGCCAGUCGCAGUUUCUAUGGCAUUGCUGACAAAGUAGACGUGAAAACUUGGAAAUCCACAGAGCACAAUAUGGGUCUAGCAUUGACCCGGAAUGCCUAUCAGGAUCUGAUCAAGUGCACAGACACUUUCUGUACUUACGAUGAUUAUAACUGGGACUGGACUCUUCAGUAUUUAACUGUAUCUUGUCUUCCAACGUUCUGGAAAGUGCUGGUUCCUCAAGUUCCUAGGAUUUUUCAUGCUGGAGACUGUGGUAUGCAUCACAAGAAAACCUGUAGACCAUCCACGCAGAGUGCCCAAAUUGAGUCACUCUUAAAUAACAACAAACAGUAUAUGUUCCCAGAAACUCUAACUAUCAGUGAUAAGUUUCCUGUGGCAGCCAUUUCCCCACCUAGGAAAAAUGGAGGGUGGGGAGAUAUUAGGGACCAUGAACUCUGUAAAAGUUAUAGAAGACUGCAGUGAAAAUCACAAUUAUAAAAGCAAAAGUGACAGUCUUCUAUUUUUGAUAUUUGUCUAAACAGGAUAUAUAAUUGAAUAAAAGUUUAGGAACUGG